AUGAAGAUAAUUUAUCGCCUCAUCUCUUACUGCUACUUAUGGUUACCUAAAAAACUUUAAAAGUCUCUUCAGAAAAACUUAUUCUAAUAGUAAGAAAUCGAAUAGAUUUUUAAAGUAUUUAAUAAAAUUUAACAUAGAUUGAAUUUUCGAAUGGCGAAGUUUAAAAACUUGUAAAUUUUGAAAUAUAGAAUAAUCAAAUAAAUCUUAUUAGCGUAAUCAUCAUUACUAUUUCUUUUAGAUUAAUCUUAUUUUAAUGAAAUUAGUUGAUAAAAUUUUUAGAACAGAAAAUCUCAUUAUUUUGACUAUCAUGAUUAUAGUUCUAUCAGGAGAUACAUAUACUGAAGAUUAAACUGGAAAAAUAAUAGUUUUAUUUACUUUAAUUAGUUAUUUAUUAGAUAAAUUGCAAUAUUUUAUUAAUCUUUUGAUUAUUAGUUAUUAAAGAUGGAAGUAGCAAUCUAUUAUUAACAACUAUAAAUGCCGCAUUUUUUAAAAAUUUCCUAAUAUAUCAGAGGAGGAAAUCUAAAGGAUGGAAGAGAAUAACUAAGAUUAUAUUGAGUAACUAAUAUUAACUAAAUAGAUUUAAGUCGUAUUAAUCAAUUAAAUGGUGUGAAUUAUAAGUUGGAUAGAUAGUUUGUUUAAAACAUGGAAAAUAAAGUCCAGCAGAUCUCUUGAUUUUAGAUUCAAGUUAAGAAUAAGUUCUUGCUGAUUAUGAGUUACGAAUUUCAUGUCCUUGCACAUUUGUUAAUGUAAAUCAUAAUUCUAAAGGUAAUAUUAUGGAUUUUAUAACUAAAUUAAAUGGAUCGAUCUCAUUCACUACUUAAGAAACCAUUACUGGAAGUAUUAAGUUGAAAAAUGAUCCAAAAGCUACACCUUUUAAUUAAAAGAAUAUGAUAAUGAGAGGAGAAAUUAUGGAUAGAGCAGAUUGGAUUUUUGGAAUGGCUAUAAGAGUUGGUGAUGAUUGUAGCUAUGUUUAAAAGAGUCUUAAUAAUUAAAGUUUUCUAUCAUAAAGUUGGUUAAGAGAAUUUCACACUUAAAUUAUAUGUUUAAGUGGUAUCUUAUUUUCAAUUUGCUUUAUUCCUAAUAUUAUAUACUCAUCACUAAUUUAAACUGAAUAUUUUUUUGAUAGCUUAAUCUAUUGUUUAUUAAUCUUUCCACAAACUUUAUUAUUAGUAGAAAAAAUUUGGUAUUUUUGGAUUUUAUUAUAUAACAAUUAGUUAUUUGCAAAAUACUAAGUUUAAUAAGCUAUAAAAGAAUCAAGAUCUACUGUUUUUAAAACAUUAACAUAAGAGAACCCUAUAUCAAUUACAUCCUAAAAUGAAAGGAAAAUAUUAAUGCCUAUAAAAAAAAACUUUAUAUUGAGUCUAAUACCAGCAUUUAAUAAAUUAAAAUUAAUAAAACAUAAAAGUAAUAAAUACAAUAGAAGUGGAUUUUUGACACUUACACCUACAAGUAUUUUAGAUUUAAUUUAAACUGAUGUUAUAGUGUUUGAAAAUCCAUAAAAUUUAUUCAAAUCAUCUCCAAAAGUUAUUUAAUUAGUUUAGAACUUAAAAAAUUAUCAAUUUAAUUAUGAUAAAUUAAAAGAUUUAGUUACAAAAGCUUCACCAUAAUAAAAAACUAAUUGUGAUAAAAUGUUAUUAGACACUAAUCGCUAAUAAACUUAAGAUGAGAUGAAAACAUUAGAUAUUGAAAUGUUAAUUUCAGAAAAAAGAGUACCUGAUUUAAGAAACUCAUUAGAUUCUUUUGUAUCUACAAAACAAAUAAAAAAAAUACAAUUUAUGAGAAAAGAUACUCUUCCUGAUUUUAAAUAAUAAGAAACAAAAUUGAAUAGCGGAAUAGGAAAAAAAAAGAGCUCUAGAUAUAUUUUUGAUUAAUCUUUUGCUGCAAAACCUAAUAAUUAAUAAUAAUAAUAAUAACAUUCUCAUGAUAGUAGUAAAGAUAUAUCAAAUAAUAAUGCAUCUGCAUCAUAUCAAACUCCACCUAUCUUAAGAUAAAAAAGUUAAUUCAUUCGUUCAGGUAAUUUAUUUAAACAUAAUUCUUCAUCUUUUUAAAAUUCUUCAUCAAAAUUAAAUGAAUUUAAUUAAGAUAGAUUAGUAGGGGAUACUCUCAAUGAAUAAGAUUUUAUUGAUGUAUUAUAUAGUAGAGAUGAUACUAUUCAUAAUGAAAUUUUAAUUAUGAUGUUAGUUACAAAUAGUGCUAUGACACUUUAUAAUGAAAAAUUAUAAAAGUUGGAAAUCAAUUUUGAAAAUAAAUAUGAUUAAUCUAUACUUUAAUUUACUGAAUUAUUUGAUUAUUGUCUCGUAUGUGCUACUGAAAUUGAAAACUCAAGACCAGAAUUCAAUAUGAAAACUAUAAUUAAAAAAGUGAUAACAAUCUCUAAUGUUUCUAAAAUAUUUGAUGUUUUGACUUUUUUAGAACCUACUGAAAAUAGAAAAAAUAUAUUAUCUGUACUUGUUAGAGAUCCAGAAUCCUUUCUUUUAGAUGAAGGAGCAUUACUAUACUCACGUCUUGAAACAAGUAAUUAUGGUUAAUAAGAAAAUAAAUAUAAUGAAUUUUUAUCAGAAAUGACAUGGGAUGGACAAAAAACAUUUUUAUACACAAAAAAAUAAUUAGAUUAAGUUUAAACAGAUGAAUUUUUAAAAAAACUUUCAGCUAUUUAUGAAACUUAUGGUAAUAGGUCUCAUGAAAUUGAAAAAUUAUUUAUUGAAUUAGAAUAAUAAAGUGAACCAAUGUUUGCUAUAGGAAUAAAAACACACAAUUCAAAUUGUUUAGUACUUUCUUCUUAGGAAUUAAAUUAUGAUAUCUUAGAUUAGGAUAAAAUAUUUUAACAUCUAUACAAUUUUAAUUUAAAAACUUGUUUUGUUACAUAAUAUAAUUAUGAUGAACUUUUAAUAUUUCUAAGAAGCUUUUAAAUUAUACGUUCUAAAGAAUAGAUUUUAGAAUUUAAAGAAAAAGAUAAAUAACAAUUAUAGUUUAAAGUUAAAUAAUAUAUUCAAGCAUUACUAGAAUAUUAAAACACAAAUUAAAAUUAUGAAAAAUUUAUAAUCGUUAGUUCUGAAGCUUUUAAUACAAUAAGAAAAGAUGAUUAUUUAAAAUACCAUUUCAUAUUAAUGGUUUAAUUUUCAUUUGGACUAGGAGCUUAUUCAUUUACAAGCAGCUAAAAAGGAAAAUUGAUAAAAUUACUCAAAAUGGCUGAUAAAAAGAUUCUUACUGUUGGUAAUUCCUUAGAUAACGGAUAUAUGUUUUCUAAAUCAGAUAUUUCAGUAAGUUUAAUGAGAAAUAAGUCAUUAAUCUCUAUUUUGCAUCCAAAAUUUGUGAUAUUUAACAUGAAAUAACUUUUUAGAAUGCUUUUUAUUUAUUGUCCAAAAUAAAUGUUGAAUUAUCUAGCUAUAAUGGAAGUUUAAUUAUAUAGAUGUACUUUAAUUGGACUAACUAUUUUUGCUAGUAAUUUUGAACUAAACGACAUGAAUAUUUUUUAUCUACUUUUAUUCUAUUUAAUUCCUAGUAACCUUUUAUCAAGCCUAUAAAAUUACUAUUUAUUUGUACUGCAUACGAAAUAAUAAUUAAAAAAUGCAAAUAAUUAUUCAAGACUAUUAAAUAAUUUAAAAAAUAAAAUAUUAUUUAAAUAAGCAAUAAAAGUCAUACUUAUUGCAAUAAUUGAUUUCUGUAUAUUAAUUUUAAUUCAAAAUUCUAUUUUAAACUUUAUCUCCUUAAACGGUAAAAUUGACUAAACUUAAUAAAUAAUUUUAUUCUAUGUUGCUCUUGAAAUUCUGGAAAAAUCUAAAAUUUUAUUCUAUAUAUUUUCUCUUUCCUCAUAAAUGUAAUAUUAUAUAAUACAAUUAUGUGUGACAAUAGUAAUGACCGCAAUUUUGAUAAUAAUAUUUAAUUUAGUAUAAAUAAGUGUGGAUUAGUAAAAGAUUUCUGAAGAAUUUGAUGUAGAAAAUUUAGUUGCUUUCAUUUUUAUUGCAGUUUUUGUACUUGGCCUAUCAUAUAUUUUAUAUGAAACUUUGAAAAUAUUUUCUAUUUAAUUUGCACUUCCUUCUGAUCUAUAUUUAUUUGAUUAAAACUAUUAAAGAAUAAUAUAAGUAAGAAAUAAUAUAUCAUCUUCAAAUUCUCUUAGUGAAAUUGAAGAUGAAAAAUUAAGAAUCUUUAACUAGAAAUUAAAAUAAUUAACUGACCAACUAUUUGAUAAUAAGGAUAUAAUUGAAGAGAGUAUAACAAAAUAAAUUAAAGGAGAUUAAUCUCUAAUUGAUGAGAUGGAUAAACUUCAUGGAUUUUAAGACAAAAAAACAGAGUAAACAUUCUAAGACUUUUUUAGAGAAUAAAAUAAUCAUAGAUAUAAUAUUGUUUAUACAUUUAUCUUUUAUGAUAUAUGUAUUAUAAUCAUGCAUUUUUACGAUAUAUUUACUGAAGACAUUUUUUAAAUUUCAAUCCUUAUAACUGUUGUAAUAUAAUUUGUCAUCUAAAUCUUUAUAGCAUUUUUAUAAUUUAGAGUUAUAAAUGAUAAAAAGACUAGAUAAAAUUUAUAAAUAAUCUCUUACAUUCUGAGAUUCAUUUUUUAAAUUAUAAUUGAUAUUUUGUAUUUUGAUUCAUAACAAACUUUUGUAGGAUUUUUAUUAAGUAUUUAAUUCAUAUUAGCAUUUGCAAUGACUUCUCAACCUUAAAUACCAUUAUUAAUGUAUGCUGCUCUUUAACUAAUAAAUUAUAUAAUCAACUUACUUUCUGAUGGCUUUACAAUGAAUUUUAAAGAUUACAAACCUCUAAUAUUUUGUAUUUCAAAGUAUAGUUUACUUUUAAUAGAAGUAUCCUAUCCAGUUUUUUAAAUGGUUCAGAAAACCCAAUUUUUAUAAAGAUCAUUUUAUAUUUACUAAAAUAGAUUAAAUAAUGAGAAAAAGAAGAUUAACAAUAUCCUUGGAUUAUUAAUGCCAAGAUUUAUAUAGGAGAGAAUGAAUAAAGGAUAGAUUUAAAUAUCUUAAGAUUAAGGAGAUGUGACUGUUCUUUUUUGUGAUAUCUAUUAAUUUGAUAAAGUGAUAAAAUUUUAAUAAGAAAAUAUCUUAGAUUUCUUAGAUACUCUUUAUAGGGCCUUUGAUUAACAUUGUUAAACAUAUGAUUUAUAAAAGAUUGAGACAGUAGGUAAAACUUAUAUGGCAGCUGGUGGUCUUAAAGAUUAUGAUGCAGUUAUAAGUAUUAAUAUAUAAAUUAAAAUAUAGAUUAAAAAAAUGCAAAUAGUACAACAAGAGCAUUGGAAACAGCAAUAGCUAUGAUGGAAACAGUAAAAACAAUGAAGUAUGGUGAUAAUUAAGAUGUAAAACUUAAAAUAGGAAUUCAUUAUGGAAGAGUAAUUGCUGGAGUCAUUGGACUUCAUAAACCAUAAUUUUCUUUGAUAGGAGAUACUGUUAAUACUACUAGUAGAGUAUGUAGUACAGGUGAAGCUGGUUUUAUAACUUUAAGUGAAUCUGCUUACAAUCAUAUAAAAGAUACUACUAAAUAUUAAUUUGAGUAAAAAUCUGUAGCUGCAAAAGGGAAAGGUACUAUUGAAACUUUUAGAUUGAAAAUAUAAUCUAAAGAGAAAGAAUCAAGUAAAAAUAUAACUCCAAAAGCUUGUUUUGAUAAAGGGGAAAAGAAUUAUGAACUUGAAUGCAAGGUAUCCGUUAUGCCUUUGAAAACUUCAGAAAAUAACAAGAUGCCUCUCAAAGGUGUAAUGAAAAGAACAUCUAUUAUGGGUUAAGCAGGUAUUAAUCCUGAUACAAAAUCACCUUAAGUUUUAUUUAAAUAAAUUUAAAAAGAUAUUAAAAAUAAAUAAUAACCUUUGGCAAUUAUUAAAAAUAAAGCAUCAAUUGAACAUGAUUGUAAGGAUUUUGAUUUAAAGAGAUUAAAUUCUUAAAAAUCAAGAUCAGGAUCAAAUUUAGAUGUAAUAUUAUAUAUAUAUCAUUGAUAGAAUGAUAAUUAAUCAUAAGUAUAUCAGAAAGCAAAAACUCCAGCUUUAAUUAGUACUAUGAGAAAUAGUAUUACAACUCAUAGAAGAUUGGUUAGAUAAUCUGAGGAUUCUAGUAAUGCUAAUAUUGGUAAUGCUGCAACUUUAUAAUAAAUUUCAAUGACUCAUUUUUCAUAAAUUGAUAUGAAACCUUAACCGUAAUUAAAUUAAUUGCAAAAUCAAAAUAAUUAAAAUAAUAAUAAUAAUUAAUAACCAUUAAUCAAUUCUUUUUAAUAAACUUCUUAAAAUCAAUUACUUUUAAUUGCUGAACAUCCAAGCAAAGAAAGUUUAUAACAUGAAUAAAAUGAGGAUGAAGUAUAAAUACCUGAAAAAUAAGCUUAAAAUUUUGUUUAAAGGCCUUAAUUAAAAAAAAAAGGAACUUUGAUCAUGGUUGACUUGGUAUAAUAAAAAAAAGCCGGUUUCAUGAAAUCAAGUACAAAAAUUAUGGUUCCUGAGGAAAAGGAUAAAAUAAUAAAAAUAGCACAGAUUGAUAAUGAUUUAUAAACUGAAUAAAUUGUAAAAAGACAAAUAACAAAAUAAAAAUCUAUCAAACCUAUUUAAUAAGAAUCUUCUGACUCCUCAAUAAAGAAGUAGAAUGAUAACUUAUAUGAUAAAUUUGAAGAGUUAGAAAUAAAAAAAAGAUAAGGAAUUUCUAUGCUUUAGAAGAAAUUGGAUCUAAUGAAAUUGAAAAAUAUAAAAAAAUUUAAAUUAGAUUUUGAUAAGGAUUAUGAUUCUGAAUAAUUUAAAAGCUUUUAUGAUAGUAAAGAUCAAAUUUCAUAUUAUUAAAUAUAUGAGGAAUACAAAGAUUAAGAAUUGAUAAAUUUUAGAUAAACUUAUUCAUUUUUGUUGCUACUUAUGAUUCUUAAAAAUUUGUUGUACUUUUUAUUAGAUGAUUUAAAUCCAAAAAUUUAAAUAGGAUUAUUGAUUUCUAUAUUAUUUUAAAUAACCUUAAGUUUAGGAUUGGCAAUUCCAAUUUAUAAAUAUAGAGAAUAAUAAGAUUUUUUAAAAAUAAAAACUUUUGGAUUUAUUUAUUUUGUAAUAGUAAAUCUUUUGAAUCUUCUUGUAAUAUAAUUUAGUGAAGUAUCAGAAUUUUAAGUGAUUUUAUAAGCUUGCCAAAUAACAACAAUAUAUAUUAACUUAUUUUAUUUAUAAAUGUUGAUAGUACAAGACAAAUAUAAAUUAUUAAUAACAUAUAUUAUUUUACUAAUAUUGGUAACUGUUUAUGAGAAAUUUAUUUUGGAAAUUCUAUUUUUUGGAUUAAGUAUAAUAGGAUUAACUUUUUAUUCUUAGCAUUAAGUAAAUUAAAUAUUAGUAAAAAAUUAUAAGGUAAGUUAGUAAUUAUAAUUAUAAAUUGCAAAGUAUGAAAAUAUGUUAUAAUAUUUGAUGCCUCCUCAUGCAUUAAAACGAUUAUUAGAGCCAGAUUAAGAUAAUACAGAAACAUUUAUUGAUGUCUUAGAAAAUGCAACAGUAUUAUUUGCCGAUAUUGCAGGAUUUACAAAAUAUUCUAGUUCUGUAGAACCAGAAACAGUAGUAGAAAUGUUGAGAAAUUUAUUUUAAACAUUUGACGAAUUUUGUUAAAUGACUUAGGUGUACAAAUUAUUUACAAUAGGAGAUUGUUAUGUUUGUAUGGGAGUAAUGGAUUUGAAUUAAAGAGAUCCUGCUGAAGAAGUAUUUAUAUAUAAAAAUAUAAAUAAGGCUUAAAAUGUAUUGGUUUUCGGGUUAAAAAUGAUUUAAAUAAUAAAUGAUUGUAAUAAAGAUCCUUAAUAUUAACAUUUAAAUAUGAGAAUUGGAGUACAUACAGGUAAAGUACUUGGAGGAGUAGUAGGUACAGAUGUUGUAAGAUAUGAUAUUUAUGGUGAAGAUGUUACUAUUGCUAAUCUUAUGGAAUCAUCAGGCUCUGUAUUUAUUUAUGCUUAUUCUAUUUAAGGAAGGAAAAAUGUUAGUAAGUGAACAUACUAAAAAUUUAAUUGAAAGUGUUUAUGAAGAUUUCAAAUUUGAUUAUGCUAAAGAUGUUUAUAUUCCUUCUAAAGAUAUUACAUUACCUACUUUCUUUGUACAACUCAAUGAUUUAGUGUUUAGUUAAGAUGAAUGA